GCCUGAUUGAUGACGUACUUCCGAGUCGCCCGCUGAACUCCGUAAUAACACGUGUGCUACUACGAGACGAAGUUCUCCACUUCUUUUUGUUUUAUUAUUUUUAAUUCACGAAUAGUGAUCUUGAACUAGCGAGCAAAAUGGUGAAACCACAAUUCAAGGGGAAAAGUUCCAUAAAUCCGUCCAAUUCCAGCAGUAAUCCAGAUCGUGUUAAGGGCUCUGGAGGGAACAACAUGAGGGACCGUGCCACUAUCAAACGUCUGAAUAUGUACAGACAGAAGCAGAGAUGUAACAAUCGGGGUAAGGUUAUCAAGCCUUUACAGUACCAAUCCACUGUGGCACCUGGAACUGUGGCGAGAGUUGAGCCCAACAUCAAAUGGUUCGCCAAUACUCGGGUAAUCAAGCAAUCUUCACUGCAGAAGUUUCAGGAGGAAAUGGAUGCAGUGAAGAAAGACCCAUACAGAGUGGUGAUGCGCCAAAGCAAGCUGCCCAUGUCCCUCCUGAAUGACCGAAUCAAAGCACAUAACUCAAAGGUACAUAUUCUGGACACAGAGACGUUUGAGACCACAUUUGGGCCUAAGGCCCAAAGAAAGAGGCCUAAUUUAAUAGUGGGGGAGCUGAAAGAGCUGGCAGAACAGGCUGAGGCUUCGGCUGAAGGUUACAUUGCAGAGAAGGACCGUGACCUGGUGACUGAGGACAGUGGGGUCAGGGAUGAGGUUCGUGAGGAAAUCUUCAAGAAGGGCCAGUCAAAGAGAAUAUGGGGAGAACUUUAUAAGGUAAUCGACUCUUCAGAUGUUGUGAUCCAGGUGCUGGAUGCUCGGGACCCAAUAGGUACACGGUCUCGAAACAUUGAGAUCUACAUGAAGAAAGAGAAACCAUGGAAACACCUGAUCUUUGUGCUCAACAAGUGUGACCUCGUUCCCACCUGGGUAACGAAACGUUGGGUUGCAGUGCUUUCUCAGGAAUACCCCACAUUGGCCUUUCACGCCAGCCUUACCAACUCCUUUGGGAAAGGCUCUCUUAUUCAGCUCCUCCGUCAGUUUGGAAAGCUCCAUGUAGACAAGAAGCAGAUUAGCGUGGGUUUCAUUGGCUAUCCCAAUGUAGGGAAGAGUUCAGUCAUAAACACACUUCGUUCAAAAAAAGUCUGCAAUGUGGCACCUAUUGCUGGUGAGACUAAGGUAUGGCAGUACAUCACACUAAUGAGACGCAUUUUCUUGAUUGACUGCCCUGGAGUUGUGUACCCCUCUGAGGACAGUGAAAGUGACAUUGUACUAAAAGGAGUGGUCCAGGUGGAGAAAAUCCGUAACCCAGAGGAUCACAUCAGCGCCGUUCUGGAGAGAGCAAAGGCCGAAUACAUACAGAAAACUUAUCACAUCCCAUCAUGGAGCUCUGCUGAGGAUUUCUUGGAAAAACUGGCCUUUCGCACGGGAAAAUUGCUCAAGGGAGGGGAACCCGAUAUGCCCACUGUCUCCAAAAUGGUGCUAAAUGACUGGCAGAGGGGACGCAUCCCUUUUUUCGUCAAACCACCUGGACCUGAGAUAGACGUGGAGGCUAAGGAGCUCAGUGCAGUGGAGGAAGUUUCCGAAGCCCAUUCAGAGCAGCAGCAUACUGAGAUGACCGAAUCCACCGAGUGUGAUGCAGAGCUGCAGCAGAGACAGAAAAAAGAACAUGUGCAAAGGAUCAUUGCAGGUGUCAAGCAGAACUUUGGCAAAAUUAAUGUAGCUCCCGAGUUCACAGAGGAAGAUCUUGUACCAGUAGAGAUGCCUGAUCUGCCAGACUCCUGUGGAUUAGAGGAGGAUGAAGAAGAGGCGAGUGAGGAUGAGGAUGAAGAGGAAAAUGGAAAUGCAGAAGAAGAGUGUGAAGAAGCAGAGGAAGAAAACGAUUUACGUGCAGCUGGGUCUUCAACCAGAGCAGGGGCCAAGAGUACACGCGAGGUGAACAAAGAGUUGGAUGAGAAAAUCGCGAAAUUGAAGAAUUUCCUGGAUAGUGCCAAGUCUAAACGUUUCUCCACCAUUCGAAUCCCUAAAGGCCUUUCGGAGAAGGUUUUUGUUUCAGGUGAAAAAAAAACGGAACAGAAGAUGAUGAAGCCACAGCCUAAAGCUACCGGGCAUGUAGGCAGAAAGAGAAAAGCUUUCGACACCGAGGAGCCGACACAGCAGAACAAACUCACAUCUAAAGAGAAAAGAAGGCUCGACCGUGCACAGAAAAUAAAGAAGGUUGGCGUCCGUUAUUAUGACACCCACAAUGUUAAAAACAAAAAUAAGAACAGAGAAGUGCCCACUGAAGGCAAUAAAGGAAAAAGAGCUAAGCGAUAAAAAGAAAUAUUUGCUUGGUCACCGCUGUAUUUCCAUGGACUUGUCUGGUUUGGGACAGGGGAUGUGAGACUUGCAGAUGUAUAUGAGGAGCAUUUAAUUUGAGGAUCUGAAAUUUAUACAGAACUUCUCAAAUGCACUUUAUUCAAUGCACCAUCUAUUCACAUAACAACAGUAUGGACCCCUACACUAAUUUCUCACAAUAAACUCCAGAACAGUGAAGGACUCGCUGUUUUUAAUUUAACAAUGCUGUCGUUCCACAGUUGUGAAAAUGUUUAUCACUGGAGAACUUAUCAAUAAAAAUGGACAUGUCAAAGCAA